AAUUUGAACCAAUGCGCUUUCCGUACUUAUGCAAAUAAAGAACAAUAUGGCGGCACCCUGGUAACUGUCUUAGUUAAAGUCUCGCAAAAAUACAGCUGAAUGGAUUUAAGUGCACAGAAAAUUCAAGGAUAAAAAGUACUGUCAAAUAUUUAACGGAACGCCAUGGCGUAUCAGUGUGUGUUAUUUACAGCUCGGACUUUCUUAAUUGCCCCCCAUCAGGUCACCUGUAUACAGCAUGUACGCGCGGUUCUGCCCCUGUCCAGGCGGUAUAUGGGAAUGAUCCACGAUGCCACGGUCUUGAAUCAGUUUAAAUGCAUGUCACUGACUCAAGGGCGACACUCUGUAAAGUUACCGCCCGGUCAGCCACUCAGGAGUUCACACUCCGCCGUGGUGAGAGAUGUGGUGCUGUUCGAGCAUGACCGAACCCGCUUUUUCAGGCUCCUGGCUCUGUUUUGUGGAGGUCAGUUUCUUUUCUGGAGCUACCUGGCCUUUUUUGCCUUCACGGGACUCCGAGACACUCGAAAGAGCAGCAAAGAGCCUCAAAAGGUCAGAACAGAAUUCGGGCUUUUUAGCUUUGACAUGAACCUCGGAUCAAAUACAUGGAGAUUUGGAUUCACGCUUGGCUGUCUUUUUAUAGGAGGAGGGAUUGUUGGCCUGGGCAUGCUGUUCAGCCGUCGCUCUGUCAGUCGCGUGGUCCUGCAUAAGGGAGGUGGAAAGGUGUCUGUGUGUACCCAGUCCCCCCUAGGAGUGAGCAAAGCCUGGAAUCUAACUGUACCUUUGAACCAAGUGGCUUGUCAUGCACACAGGCAGGAAUCCCCCUCCUUCAUCCCACUCAAAGUAAAAAAUCACAAGUUUUACUUCCUUUUGGACAAGGAAGGAAACCUGAAUAAUCCCAAGCUUUUUGAUGUCACUGUUGGUGCCUACAGACCAUUAUAGAUCUCACACAGUCUCACAUAGUUAGAAAAAAAAUAUUUAAAGAAAAUAAAGAAUUAUUGAUGUUUUAAUGCUGAUGAAACCAUCUGUCUUAUAGACUUUUCCACUGAAAGCUUUGUAUGCACAUCUAAUAAAUGCUUAAAUAGCAAAAACA